GGUGUUGGGAGUGCUGCUUCUGUGCGCUAUGGGCGGGAACGAGCAAGUCGUUCGAAUAAUACAGUGAAUACCGCAAGCAAUUGAACAUGUCAGGUCAACGUAAAACAAAAAAUGACGGAAGAAAUUUCCACAUUGCAAGAAAUUUUAUUAAGCAGAAAAUACUGCAUUCUUACGUCCCACACGAAUAUUAUGAAGCUGCUCACAAACAGGUAGCCGAUUUGUUCAAGAGAACUGUGGAAACGGGUGACAGCGAUUCACUGUUGUUGGUCGGGCCCAGAGGCAGCGGGAAAUCAAAUUUAGUGCAUACCGUUAUAAAGGAGCUCCUAGAAGAACCAUCAUUUACAGGAGCAGCGUUGAUGGUGGAACUCAAUGGUUUUAUUCACUCGGAUGAACGACUUUCACUGAAGGAUAUUACCAGACAACUUCAUGCGGAAUCGUUGGUUGGAAAUAGAGAAUUUAGAUCAGCUGCAGAUAACCUCUCUUUCUUGCUGGAGAGUUUGAAGUCUGGGAAUAAAAGAUCAAAAUCUGUCAUAUUUGUAAUUGAUGAGUUUGAUUUGUUUUGCAAUCGAGAAAAUCAGUCAUUAAUAUACAGCCUCUUUGAUGUUGCACAGGCAGCACAUACUCCUCUUUGUCUCCUUGGUAUUACAUCUUAUUAUCAUGUUUUGGAUUUGCUGGAGGAACGAGUCAAAUCUCGUUUCUCAAGACGACAACUAUUACUUCAUGGUGCAGGUGGUCCAGAUGGUUUGAAAUCGCGUUACAGGCAUCUGCAGCAACUUCUGUAUUUGCCACAACGUCUGUGUCUAUUGGACAUCCAAUCAUCUUUCCUAGAGCAGUGGAACUCGAAUGUAGCAAAGAUUUGUGAGGACAGAAGAGUACAGGACAUUAUUUUUCAACAGCAUCAGACAGACACUAGCGAUAGCUAUUUCCGUAACUUUUUGUUCCAGGUUAUUUCCAGAUUAUCAGUUGAAAAGCCAAUGCUUCAAGUAUCAGAUUUUGUAGAGAUUUACGAAAAAAACAUGGAAGAUUCAAAGAUGAACAUGCUGAAUGGGUUAUCUGUCUUGGAACUAUGUCUGGUGAUUGCCAUGAAACAUUUCACAGAAAUAUAUAAUGGAGAACCUUUCAAUUUUGAACUUAUUCUACGAUCCUAUUUAAGAUUUGUCCGUCAGAAUUCAUCCAUUUUAGUCACACAGAGAUCAGUUAUUCUUAAAGCAUUCCAGCAUUUGAAGGUCAUGGAAUUUAUCAAGCUUUUGGAAGGUGAAGAUGAAGAAGAGUACAAUGAACUUUCCAUUGGGAGGCAAAAGCAAGACGAAUUUAAAAUGUACAGGUUAAUGAUAACAGAUGAUCAAAUUGAUGCUGCAGUCAGGGCCUACCCUAACCUACCAACUGAAGUGUCUCAGUGGGCCUAUAGUAGUUUACAGUAAUGAAGAAGAAAAUGUGAGACAGCAAAUAGCAAAUAAAUAAUCGUUGGUACCUUUUUUAAAAAAUCAAAUAAUGUUCUUAGUAACAUGAGGAUGUCUAUACAAUGUUACUGAUAUUCUUCUUUAAUUCAGAGGAAUGGUGUAAAAUUUUAAUCUCUGUUUGUAUCAAACAAAUAUUUAUAAGACAAUAAUAAUAAUGAUUUCUGUAAGUUUUCAUUUGUAUGAUUUGUAUUAUUAAGAUAAAAAAAAAUCUUCACCACCUACCUGGCUGCCACAGCGGUAUGCACUAGAAAAAUGCAUUAUCCGUCUUGCUCUCACUAUAGACUGUAAGUAGCUUGUCUGUUUCAAAAGCUUGGAAAAAGGAUAUUCACAUACACAGUUGGGAAAAUUAGGCAGAUAGAAAAUGAAAUAGCACAAAAAUGUUUCUCAAAUAUGACAUAAAAUGAGAAAGCAUCUAACAGCACUGUAGUUCACCUUUCACCAAAGAACAGUGUGAUUUUCAGAAGCUAUUGCAUUUAGCACUACUACAUCUACACUCCAUAAGCCGAUUUGUAGUUCUUAGAAGAGUAUACUGGGAAUAUCAGUCAUUCCUCCAUUCCUUUCCUGUUCCAUUUGCACUAAGUACAUAAACCCAUAAUGAAAUGUAGAACUCUUCAUGGGAUCUUUUCUAUGUUGAUGUUGAUGUUGUUGUUGUUGUUGUUGUUGUUGUUGUUGUUGUGGUCUUCUGUCCUGAGACUG